ACUUAAUAAUAGAAAAUAGUAGACAAAUAUACAAUGUACAGGGUAAAGCCAUUGUCUCGCGCUAGUCGUUCCAUAUCACAAACAUUCAAGAGAUUCAACUCGGCCCACCAUCACCAUCCUGAACCAGAAUCCAAACCAUUUGAAAUAACCAUCACCAAGAUUUUCGGUAUUGCUGCUUUGGCUGGAGGAUACCUUGUAUACAACCGUGAUUUUGACGAACCAUUAUUCCAACACGAAGUAUUUGACAAAACCAGAAGUGGUGAACGUGAUGAUUUAAGAAGUGAGAACUAUUUACAACGAUACAAGAAUGCUUUCAUUCUGGAAUACGGAAGAGACAAGGGUGGUAUAGGAAACCGUCUUUACAGACGUGCUGGGGAUUAUGUUGUCCGCGAACAAACUUUGAUUCCUUCCCAAUCUCCAUUUGCUCAAGAAUUUGGAGCUGGUAUAAAAUUGAAUGAAUUGGGUCCUAGAAGAGAAAGAUUCCCUCGUUUCGCUCCAAAAGAUACAACCUCCACCUCCAGUGAGUAGACCCACCAGGUGGUUGUUUCAUUCUGCAUCAGAUUGUGUGAAGUUGUAAAGAAGAAAGCGGCAAUUACACGCAAUUUUUAAACUCUUGAAGUUUGGUCAUCAAGAAAAUUGAAAAAUUGAAAGGCAUUAUACCUAUACGCAUGGUUAAUUAUAUCAUGAUAAAGUACCAUUCACCAUUAACAUUUCAUUAUUCAUUUUUUUUUUAGGUUGUAUUCUUUUCUAUUUAUUAUCGAUUAAUUUAAGCAAUAUAUUUUUUUGAUAUA